GAUGAGCUGCGGAUGAAUGGUGAGAGUCAGGUGCUGCCCGGCAGAGGUCACACGUCCAGGGAGGGGAUCAACAUGGCUGCUGCACCCCGGACCGUACUGAUCUCCGGCUGCUCAUCAGGAAUUGGUCUGGAACUUGCAGUGCAGCUGGCCCAUGACCCCAAGAAGCGCUACCAGGGUAAGAGGUGCAGGGUGGCGCUAGGAGGCGGCAGGGUGCAGAUGGCUUCCCCAGCACUGGAAACCCCAUCCCAAAAAAAAAAAAAAAAAAAAAAAGGGCAGGGAGUGGUUGAGCCAUCAGACUCACACUACCCCCUGCCCGGUCACAGCAUCUCCCUGGUGGAGCCAGGCCCUGUGGUCACCGAGUUUGAGGGGAAGCUUCUGGCGCAGGUUUCUACAGCUGAGUUCCCAGGCACUGACCCUGACACCCUGCACUACUUCCGGGACCUCUACCUCCCAGCCUCCAGGGAGCUGUUUCGCUCUGUGGGACAGAGCCCACAGGACGUGGUUCAGGCCAUUGUCAAGGUCAUCGGCUCGACUCGACCACCCCUGCGCCAACAGACCAACGUCCGCUACUCGCCACUGACCAUGCUCAAAACCGUGGACUCCUCCGGCAGCCUGUACGUGCGAACCACCCACUGCCUCCUCUUCCGCUGUCCGCGCCUUCUCAGCCUCGGCCUGCGAUGUCUGUCCUGCGGCUGCCUCCCAGCCCAGGUGCGGCCAAGAUGAGCUGAACAGAGCCCCACGAUCCCCACCCCUAAACAACCAGAUCUCUUCAUUCCACGUCUAAUUCAGAGGCUGAGCAGACUCUUCAUGCAUUCAUUCACUCUGCAAACUCCUCCUCUCCUGCUCUGUGCCUGGAUGUGGCUAGAAUCCCAGAAAGGCCUCAAUUUUCAUGCAUAGACACUUCUGUGGUCACAGCUGGAAUAGAGAGAGGGACCCCGGGAACUUGGGCUGGGGAGCCCAGAGCAGGAAGCCGCAGCCGUCUCUGGGAAAGCAAGGGCAGCUUCCUGGAGGAAGAGGCAUUGUUAUGACACUUGAAGGAUGAGACAGACUCUGCCUCAUUCAACCUCAUAACUUCAUGAUCUUAGGCCUGAGAAUACAGGAAUGAUUCAUAACCCCCACCCCCCACCCCCGUGCAUACACCAGAGCUCUGUGGACCAAGGGGACACUCCCGGUUACACACCCCAUCAGCAAAAUGUAUUUGAGCACACACCAGCAAUGUAUGCAUAUUUUUUCCAUUAAAUAUAUAUUUAUAAUCACAA